AUGCAGUCAGACAUCACCAUCUACCAGCACGAUGCUGCCACAUUGAUGCCGGCGCUCGUAUCUCAAUUGCCAUAUAGCUUGACCCUACUGCGACGAAUUCAGCAUGGUAUCGCGUUCCCUUUUGAGACGGCCCAGCUACUGGCUACCUUCCCGCCUGGCUCUGCCCCUAAUCCUGAGACGCCGUGGCUGGCUGCGCGGGUGGAUCUCUUUCGCGGCCGCGAGACCCAAAUGUUCAUUUACUCCAGCCUCGAAGCGGAGCACACGUCAAUUCAGCCGAUCGACGCUGUCAGCACCGGUUCGACCACUGCCGCAAAGAUAUUAAAGGUGGAUUUCGACUCGCUUCCGCAAUCUACUAAUAAUAACCCUGGUCAAAACAAUGACAAUUCCAGAAAACCCAUUGUUGCCUCCUUUUCCGCUAGCCAAGCCAUCCUAGAUCUGGCCCGCACACAGCUCUUGGCCUUCCUGUCAUAUGUUAAAACCCACUUGCUGCCAGUGUACCUGUCAUCUUUGGAAAGCUCAGCCGCAGCCACAUCUACGGCUAAAACUCAGACCUCGUCGGCCCCCAACUCCAACACAAUUCCCAUUCGAUCAGGAACCUACACAACCUCAGAUCCCAUUCCCAAUAUCCGGGUCCAUCGCUUAGACGAUCCACCUUACUACAAGUACUUUUUCCGCCGAUCUGACUUCGGCCCCGAGGAACAGUCUAGAAGAUCUGGUGAUCAUGGAUCUGCGGAUUCGUCACUCCCGGUCGGAUAUAGGUUCCGUGAUCGUGAAGGCAGGGAAGGUGUUCACUCAUGGCAUUUAGACCUUGUGCAAAGUCGCACAAGUAUUCCCAGAUCAAGGGCACAGCUCUCCACAAUGCCUAGUGUGGCAGUUUAUCGGGAUUCCGAACCUGUUGAUAACGAUGCUGAUGAGCAACCUAUUGCUUGGGGAUUUUUGGGUAUGGAUGGGUCAUUGGCCACAUUGCAUGUUGAACCGGAACACCGAGGCCGUGGGCUUGCACUUCCGUUGUCAAAGGAGAUCAUGUGUCGUGGAAUGGCGCCGGAUGGCCUGUUCGGGCCCAGGAGUUUCGAGUUCGAUAGUCAAACUCAAGAUCGCGUUGGGGCUUGGGCGCAUUCCGACGUGUCUGGAGUGAACGCAGCCAGUCGCAGGGUCAUGGAAAAGAUCGGAGGCCAAGUCCUAACAACUGUGACCUGGAGUAUCAUUGAAUUAUGCGACUGA